AUGUCGUACGCCCCGCUCGACAUCCCUGUCUCCGGAAAGGAAACCUUUACUGACUACUCGCGCUGGCGUCUCCGCUGCUCUGAAGACGGCCGUCACAUUUGGCACUAUCUGUACACAGACGAAGAGUGCAUCGCCUGGCCCCAGUCCGACAUCGACAAGUAUUGGCUUGGCAUCCCCCUCGACCUUCCUGCUCUCCCGGCUCCCAAAGACCCGCUUGAUGCAGCUCGUAACGGCUACACCUUCUACAAGCGUCUCCAGGAUGCGGACGGUCACUGGCCUGGUGAGUAUGGCGGGCCCAUGUUCCUCCUUCCCGGGCUCGUUAUUGGAUCGUAUGUCUCGGGCAUGAGCUUUACUCGCGAGGAGCGACUCGAGAUGAUUCGUUAUCUCAUUAACCUCGCCCAUCCCGAGGACGGUGGUUGGGGACUCCAUAUUGAAGGCCAGUCCACCGCAUUUGGCACAGCGCUGAACUAUUGCGUCAUGCGCAUACUCGGCUGCUCUGCCGAUCACCCAACGCUUGUGAAGGCCAGGGCCACGCUGCAUAAACUUGGCGGUGCAACUGGUGUCCCAUCCUGGGGAAAGUUCUGGCUCGCUGUGCUCAAUGUAUACGAUUGGGAUGGAAAUAAUUCAAUACCCCCGGAGCUUUGGCUGCUACCUGACGCAAUUCCAUUCCAUCCUCACAGGUGGUGGAUUCACACGCGCACGGUCUACGUACCAAUGGCAUACUUGUACGCUAUGCGUUUCAAAAUGGAGGAGAAUGAACUUGUUCUUGCCCUUCGACAGGAACUAUAUCCCCAAAGUUACUAUAGCAUAAACUGGCCCGCGCAGCGUAAUAAUGUCUGCCACGCCGACCUCUACUGUCCGCACUCGCGACUCUUCGACACCCUCUACUCCAUUCUUAACAUAUACGAGCCCUGCGCAUUCCCGCCCUUGCGGCGCGUCGCAAUGGACAAGUGUUACAAGCUCAUCGUGCAAGAGGACGAAAACACAGGCUAUCAGACGCUGGGGCCGGUCUCGAAGAUGAUGAAUCUCGUCGUGCGCACAAUCGUGGACGGGCAGGAGAGCGAAGCGUACAAGCUACACCGUGAGAUGCGGAAGGACUUCCUGUGGGUUGGAAAGGAGGGUAUGCGCAUGUGCGGUACGAACGGCAGCCAGCUGUGGGAUAUUGCGUUCAUCACGGAGGCAUUGGUAGAGACAGGAUUAGGGCACGAGACAGACAACAGGGAGAGCCUGAUCAGAGCACUGCAGUGGUUAGACCAGUGUCAGAUCCAGCACAAUCCGAAACACUACGAGACCUCAUAUCGCCACUCAACGAAGGGUGCAUGGCCGUUUAGUACCAGGACCCAGGGUUAUACAGUCAGCGACUGUACCGGGGAGGGCUUAAAGGCGGUCUUGUACAUUCAAGAACAUCUCGAGUGGGUGUCAAUAUCGCCUUUUCCUCAUAAUCUAAUCCAGGAAUUUAGGUCCUCUCCCAAGCUGGUUUCUGAGCGGCGGAUGUGCGACAGUGUGGAUCUUUUACUGGGCAUGCAAAAUCCCGACGGCGGCUUUGCUAGCUACGAGCUGAUUCGUGGACCAUGGUGGCUGGAAAUGCUGAAUCCUGCAGAAGUUUUCGGUGACAUUAUGAUCGAGCAUAGUUACCCCGAAUGUACGACGUCCUCCAUUACCGCUUUGUCAAUUUUCCGUAAACACUACCCCUACUAUCGCUCAGCCGAUAUUCAGCGGGUUAUUGAUCAUGCAGUCGAUUACUUGCAUAGAGCACAGACGCCAGAAGGUGGCUGGGUUGGAUCAUGGGGGAUCUGUUUCACCUAUGCUGCCCAGUUUGCAUGCGAGAGUCUUGCCCUUGUAGGUGAGACAUAUGAGACAAGUUCAUACGCCAAGAAGGCUUGUGAGUUUCUCCUCCGACACCAGCGGACGGACGGUGGUUGGGGAGAGAGCUACAAGUCCUGUGAGACGAGUACAUGGGUGGAGCAUGAGUACACACAGGUCGUGCAAACCUGCUGGGCGACCAUGGCGCUCAUUUAUGCCCGAUAUCCCCACUCUGAGCCCAUUGAGCACGCGGUUCGGCUUGUUAUGUCGCGUCAAAAUCCGGAUGGUUCAUGGUCACAAGAAGCGAUGGAGGGGAUCUUCAACAAGAGCGUUACAAUUGCAUACCCAAAUUUCAAAUUCUCCUUUACUAUUUGGAUGCUUGGCCGUGCGCAUCUUUACCUUUCCGAGCUCAAAACUCGCAAGGCAGGCAUUUAA